CUCGCGUGAACUUGUGUACAACGUCAUCACCCCCUACUAGGGGCCCUAGUAACAUCGGUAGCGUAUUGGGGAGAUAAAGCAACAAGAUGGGUUUGCUGUCAAUCCUUCGGAAGCUAAAGAGCACACCAGAUCAGGAGGUUCGGAUCUUGUUGCUGGGUUUGGACAACGGGGGAAAGACCACUCUGCUGAAACAACUGGCUUCCGAGGACAUCAGUCACAUCACCCCCACACAGGGCUUCAACAUAAAGAGUGUUCAGUCUCAGGGUUUUAAGUUGAAUGUGUGGGACAUCGGGGGACAGAGGAAGAUCAGACCCUACUGGAGAAACUACUUCGAGAACACUGAUGUGCUGAUUUACGUCAUCGACAGUGCAGACAGAAAGAGAUUUGAGGAGACGGGGCAGGAGUUGGCUGAGCUGUUGGAUGAGGAGAAGCUGAGUGGGGUUCCAGUGCUGAUAUUUGCCAACAAGCAGGACCUGCUGACGGCAGCCCCAGCCUCUGAGAUCGCUGAGGGACUUAACCUGCACACCAUCCGGGACCGCGUCUGGCAGAUCCAGUCCUGCUCUGCCCUCACCGGGGAGGGGGUACAGGACGGAAUGAACUGGCUCUGCAAGAGUGUCAAUGCUAAGAAGAAGUAGCACAGAUGUCCGUUUUCACACACCCCUGAGCCUUGGGGAGGACGGGGUGUACCUGUGAAUGUACACACUAAAUCAACAUGGACUUGAAGAGAGUUUUUAACCGCCUGGCUGGCCUCUACACAUUGUUUACUAAACUACAACUCUCGCUAGAACUACAACUUCCAUGUUGCUCUUCAAAAUGGAGUGGGGGUACAAAGGGAACUCAUCCCAGGAGACCAGAGACCCCCCUCCCCAGCCUAACCAUCCCACCUCCACCCUGUCAAGACAUUCCAGCCUAACCAUCCCACCUCCACUCCUUCAAGACAUCCCUCCCCAGCCUAACCAUCCCACCUCCACCCUGUCAAGACAUUCCAGCCUAACCAUCCCACCUCCACUCCUUCAAGACAUCCCACCCCAGCCUAACCAUCCCACCUCCACUCCUUCAAGACAUCCCACCCCAGCCUAACCAUCCCACCUCCACUCCUUCAAGACAUCCCUCCCCAGCCUAACCAUCCCACCUCCACCCUGUCAAGACAUUCCAGCCUAACCAUCCCACCUCCACUCCUUCAAGACACUCCACCCCAGCCUAACCAUCCCACCUCCACCCCUUCAAGACAUUCCACCCCAGCCUAACCAUCCCACCUCCACUCCUUCAAGACACUCCACCCCAGCCUAACCAUCCCACCUCCACUCCUUCAAGACACUCCACCCCAGCCUAACCAUCCCACCUCCACUCCUUCAAGACACUCCACUCCACCCCAGCCUACCCAUCCCACCUCCACUCCUUCAAGACAUUCCACCCCAGCCUAACCAUCCCACCUCCUCUCCUUCAAGACACUCCACCCCAGCCUAACCAUCCCACCUCCACUCCUCCAAGACAUGCCAGAUCUUUAUACUGUCCUUCACCACAAUAUCAGCCUAUUCACUCACUCUUUACAGGUUGUCCUGGAGACCCAGCUCUCUCUUCUCUCUCCUAGCUUGGGUGCCAGUCUCUUUAGCUUACAUUCCACUCCUUGUACUCUGUGUCAUAUUGCAAAGCAUGCCAGGAGUGGAUUGAUAGCCAAAGAGACUGUUAUCCAGACUCUCAUCACUCUCUCCCUCAUAUUCUCCUUCGUUCAGUUGUUUUUAAUUCCAUGACAAGCUCCUUUCUUGCUGCAGUUCUGUUUGAAGUGAGGUAUAUUUUUGUAAUUCUUUAUUUAUGGUGAAGUAGAGGGUAAUAGCGUACUGUGAGAUGCUCGCAAACGACAGAAACAGUGUGUGGUUACUAGGAUGACAGGGAAACAUUGAAUACUGUGCUUUACUCCCCUGUGAAAACGGUUAUGCGUGUUAAUAUGUAAAAAAAAAUAUAUAUAUAUAACAAGACAAAUAAAUACACUUUAGGGCUAAUCUGAAAUGGCACCCUGGUACCUGAAUAAUGAACUAGUUUUGGCCGCAGCCCAUUUGAGUAGAGCUCUACAAAGCGAAUAGUGUGCCAUUUCGGACAAAGCCUAUUCAAUCAAAUGGGAAAAAAUACACAUUUUUUGAUGAUAAAUUAGGCACUAGGGCACGAAGGGGUGUGGUAUAUGGACAAUAUACCACUGCUUAGGGCUGUUCCUCUGCACGACGCAUUGCAGAGUGCCUGGACACAGCCCGUAGCCAUGGUAUAUUGGUCAUAUAUCACAAACCCCCGAGGUGACUUACUGCUAUUAUAAACUGGUUACCAGCGUAAUUAGAGCAGUAAAAAUAAAUGUUUUGCCAUGGCUGCCAGCAUUCAGGGCUCAAACCACCCAGUCUAUAAUUGUAUAUAACCCCUAUUCAUAUGUUAUGUGCAAAUAGUAGAGUGCGUAUUAGACCUGUACUAUGUAAUCUAGCAUAUCUGCAUAUGUCAUAGGUGUUGAUUGAUUUUAACCGGGUGUAUGGCAAUGUAUUUUUCGGUGUGAUGCAUUGUCUUUGGUUUUAGAGGGCAUUUACACAAAAGGCUUUUUCUUUUUGAAUGUGAUCUGUCCAAGGAUUGAAGGUACGUGAAUAAAAUGUGAGGGGGGAAAAAAGAGAGCAUUGUUUUCUGUCCUGGCUGUAGAGUGGUAGUAUAAAGAGGCCCCAGCCAAAACACACAGUUGUGUGAGAUCCUGUGGAGGACUCCACCACUUUACCCCAGACAACACCGCCACCUGCCCAGACCCAUGUCAUUGCCAGUCCCUGGAGACCCCACACCAGAGGCCUCUCCAAAACACUAGUGCCACACACACGGCAGGUGGGGUCAGCUGAUUUUGACAUUUACAGGGCCCAGCUGGUCGGGCCCCUGAAUGGGCCUGCUCUCUCUGUGUGUCGUGGCGUGCAGCCUUUACAGUUAGCCUAUCCACUCUACCACAUGACUCCUACAGGCCUAAGUACUAAAGUCAGACCAUAGCUGUUUUUUGGUUGGUUUAGGCCUGCUGCACAUAGUUGUGGGUGUGUCACAUCUGCUACAGGGGAGAGAGCACUGGCCAUAAAACACUGACGUCCAGCUGUGUGUGAGCGAGAAAUGCAUUCUGAGGGCCUGUGGCUGUGGGACUAUAAAAUGUCUCUGCUCUUACAAAGACUCAUUGUGAAACUCUUCUUUCUCUCGCCUCUCCUCUCGAUUCCUACAUGGGCCCCAGGCACUGUGUGAUUACAUAUGCUGCUAACUGUAUGUGACUUUCCGUCAAAGUGUCUGAUAAAUGAGAUCUUUAUUGUUUGCUUCGAGACGUUAAUCAACGUGUUGUGGUCUUUAAAUCUCUGGGCACAGAGAGAGGCUCCGUCCCAAAUGGCACCCGAUGUCCAACCCUAUGGGUCCUGGUCAAAAGUUGUGCACUACAAAGGGAAUAGAGUGCCAUUUGGGCCCAGAGGCGGGGCUAAAUCUCUUUAAGGCCUGUUAUCUUCUACACAAGUCUAUUUGAAAGCUCUGAAUGAGAGAACACAAAGUUCUGUGGUUGUUUUAUCUGUGCAUAGAAGUGGUGUGUGGGCGACGUGAGGAGCCAGACGGGGGAGUGUGAUGCCUAUCUUUGAGGCGACAGGACUGCUGCCUUUUUCUCCUUGUGAAUCAGACAGCUGUUCUACAGCUGUGUGUGUUUGAGAGGCAGAGAAACCAACCAGUCAAGUCCCUAACCACCAAGCUUCACACUGGCCCCUUUCUCUUCAACUCAUCAUGGCUGAGUUACUACGAUGACAGAUGAAACAGGAAACAGAUUUCAUAUCCCACCAACAGAUAGGAAAGAGGUGGGUGUUGCACAGAAGGUGAAUACAUAAGAAUGUGCAUCACUUUAAAGUGUGUUACGAUAAAUCAAACCAUACACUCUCAUUGUUUAUUGGUAAUACAGUCUUGGGGGUCAUGGAGUCUUGUGAGUGAAGAUGUGGGAAAGGAAAUGGACACCUGUCUACUGGGCUAUACCACCUCCUGGGCUUUUUGCUUCCUUUGUGUUUUUGGUAUGUUUUAAAUUGCAUGGUUGUGAAUGUUACCGGGCCAGAGGCCACCCUGAAAAGGUGAACUUGUGAAACCAUGCCUUAAUUAAAUAAAUGUUUGAAAACCA